ACAAUAUUUCAUGGUAGCUUCGACUGUAAUCCUUUAUGAGCUUUGUUUAUACAUGAUUAUUGCGGUAAGAAGGGGAUUCGAAGCGUCCUCAACCAAAAGCUACUAAAAUCGUUUGUGAACGCGACCUGGAUGGUUUAAGGAGAUAAACAUUAUCAUAGAUUUCGCACUCUUAUGAUAGCGAGUAGACGGAAGGACUAGAGGCAGUGAAUACGAUGGAAAUUGCAGCAAAAGAACCUUCUUCAGUACUAUGGAAACACUUGAAAAUAGCAAUGGCGGAGUUUCUAGGUACCGCUAUUAUAGUGUUCCUAUCCUGUAUGGGUUCCUGCUUUGGUAUCCAAGGUGACCAGGUAUUCUCAAUGCAUACCAGUUUAACUGCAGGAUUGGCUGUUGCUACAGCCAUUCAGACGUUCGGGCAUCUUUCCGGAGCUCAUGUAAACCCAGCUGUAACUCUAAACGCUCUAAUCGUCCAGGAAAUCAAGUGGCAGUUUCUGUUCAGCUACAUUGGUGCUCAAGUGGUGGGCUCGUUGAUUGGAGCCGGUAUUUUUGCGGCAGUGACAAACGAUGCCAGCUUAGGCAUUCAAGCCGAUGGCAACGGUGUCUGCGUGACAGCUGUCAACAAUGACAUAACCGUGCUGCAGGGGCUGGCAGUCGAAGUCCUGUUGAGCGCCAUUCUGAAUCUCGCAAUUUGUGCCUCUUGGGACGCCAGAAAUUCGGAUAAAAUCGAUUCGGUUUCUUUGAAAAUCGGCCUACUAGUGGCCGUGCUCAAUCUAGGAGGCGGGGCCUAUACGGGGGCCAGCAUGAACCCCUGCAGAAGUUUUGGCCCAGCGGUACUUAGUGCGGACUGGAAUAAUCACUGGAUCUACUGGACUGGGCCAAUAGUGGGAGCCCUCAUCGCUUCAGGGCUUUAUAGAUUUAUGUUUUGGGAAAAUAAAAAAAUGUAGCUUCACUCACCAUUAUUAGGUU